CUUGAGAUGCACCAGUGAGAUUUUGCAUUGCUGGAGAGUCGCCUGUGGGCGGAAGUGGCUUCGUAGAACCGCAGAGGCGAGAUGGGGGUGAAGCUGGAGGUGUUUCGGAUGUCACUCUACCUCACUUUCCCCGUGGUUAUGUUCUGGAUCUCCAAUCAGGCAGACUGGUUUGAGGACUAUGUUGUCCAGCGCAAGAGGGAGCUGUGGCCACGAGAGAAGGAGGGUCAGCGCCAGGAGUUAGAAGAGUUCAAACAGAAGAUCCGGAAGCAGAGGGAAGAGAGACUCCUUCAAGCUGCUCAGCAGAGGUCCUGAGACCUUCAAGUCCUCCACCCAGAAAUAACACACACUCAGUUCUUGGUUACUAG